AUGAUUUAUUUGUCAGAGAUCGCCGUCGUCAUAAUUCAUGUUCGCUUCAGCGCUGGAAUAUUUUAUAAUGAGGGGAUAUCACCAUUCAUACCGAAUCCGUGCCAGAGUAAUGAAGACUGUCACAUCCCGCUCAGGUGCAUUGAAAAAGUCUGCGUAACCGGCAACCUUUGCAAAACAGACGCCUACUGUGAUCCGCGAUUCGAAUGCAAGGAAUACAGGUGUAUCCCUAUGCCUAGAUGGAGACCUCAUAACCAACUGAUAAUGUGCAAAAACCAUCCGUGCAACUCAUUCACCGUUUGCAUAGAAUACUUCUGUUUGGCAAAUGUGCAUUGUAAAAAUGACCAAGACUGUGGCAGUCCAAGACUUAGAUGUGUACAAUCUAUCUGCACUGCUGAUAAAGACAUCUCGCCUACACCACGUCGGCCACCUCCGCCUUCUCCACCACCUCCGCCUCCUCAAACAAAAACACCACCUUCGCCUCCUCCACCACCUCCGCCUCCUCGAACAGAAAGACCACCUCCGCCUCCUCCACCACCUCCGCCUCCUCCACCAUCUCCGCCUCCUCGAACAGAAAGACUUCAAUCAGCACAUGUUGGAAUGCCUUGCCCAGAUGGUGUUUGCCCUCCUCCGUAUGCUUGCAUCAGUAAUGUCUGCUUACGCGGCCUGUUUUGCACAACUAACUUUGAAUGUAAGGAUUUCCGAUUUGAGUGCAUUCAACGAAAUUGUAUACCCAAGCCUAAAUGGAGGCCCGGCAACGUUGUGCUGAUGUGCUUCGGUUCUUGUCCACCGCCAGCUGCGUGCAUAAACGACUUUUGCGUCAAUUUACACUGUAAGAAUGAUUACGAAUGUGGUAGUCCGCAAUACAAAUGCAUAGAAUCGGUCUGCGUUGUUGAUAACAAAUUUCCGCUUACAGCAUCUACGCGAAACCCGCAGAUGCCAAAUCCUUCAUAUGGAAUACCACGCGGUGUGCCUUGCACAACCGACGAGGAAUCGAUCAUGCAGCCGAGCGCACCAUCAAAAAUACCCCACGCGGUGUCGAAAUAUAUCAUGGAUUUCUUUGUGAAGAACGGAGACGUCCUCCUGAACGACACCAAUGUGAGGACAUUAGCGCAGAACACUAAACGCAACGCAGCUUAUAAAAAGCUGCUCGCCGAACUCCAGGAGGAGUUCGGCUUCGAGACCAACGAGAAGAAGAUACGAAAUCAUUUCGAUCAUAUACGAUCGAGAGUCGUAUCAAAGGGUAUGGCCUUCAAGAAAGGCCUUUCAGCAGAAAAGAGGUAUCGCAUGGCGACGGGGGGCGGAAAUUCCUGGGAAGAAGAAACGAAUUUCUCGAAAAACAACGACUGCUGCCCUUUCAGCACUGAUUCGGAGGAAAUUUUGUGGAGAUAUUACGAUAAGACCCCUAUGACGGAGCCAUUUCAGGAGGGCGAGAGCAUGGUGGGGAAGCGAAAAGCCUGCACGGAACGCCGCGAGGAAAAUGGAGCCGAAGCAGAACCGAUCAUGAGCGACAGUGAUCACUUCGAUGUGCCAACUAAGCGAAAACGCAUCACUGAGUCUGUACUGCUAGAAGAGCAGUACAGACUGUGUCAGGAUCAGCGCCGAUUCUUCAAUCAACUGAUGCACUUACUGAACGUGCUGACCGAAAGCAUUGUUUCGCAGAGACAAAUUCGUGGUGAACCUGGCACAACGAACUGCAUUCAAAGGCAUCCGACCGCUGAAGAAGACGUCAUUUUAGACGCCAACAUCGAAGAAUCCGUUGUCUCGAAAGACGAAUCGAUCGUUGCCAUGUUGAUUCGGACGGGUGGUGCAAAAGGUAACAUUUUCUUCUCCUUUCUUACUCUCAAGAUUUUCAAUCUUGAAGACGUCGACGAGAACUGGGCGGUGAUUCUUCUUCGACUUCCUUAA